AUGGGACGCCCAAUCAGUGUUAAGGAUGUUGAUCAAACCGAUGUUGUCGAGAAGAUCGCCGACUUCUUGAAGAAGUCCGGCAAGGUAAAGGUUCCAGAAUGGGCCGACCUCGUCAAGUUGGCUUCCCACAAGGAAUUGGCUCCAGUUGACCCAGACUGGUACUUCACCCGCACCGCUUCUAUUGCUCGUCGUCUGUACAUCCGCAACCCAGCUGGUAUGUUAUUUUAGUUUGCUUUGCUUGGUUUUUAGGUGGUAAGAGAGAAGCGAAUGUUAUAUAAAGAGUUAUAGAAGCUACUUGAAGGUUUUAGUUGGUAAAUUUUAAAGAAAUUCAAAUUACGGAUUAAGAGUUAUGCUAUAAUCGUCGUAUUUUUGUGAUAAAACGCUUAAAAGUUAUCUAAAGACCUUGAGCAGCUUCUUCACUAUUUUUAUCAAAGGUAGAAAAUUUUAGCUAUGAUCUAUUUCUACUUAUUUUUCGGUGUCUUUAACAUUAUAGUAUAUUUUUUAACUUUCUUAAUAUUUCAGGUGUUGGAGCUCUCCGCAAGGUUUAUGGAGGUAACAAGCGCCGUGGUAGCAGACCAAACCACUUCAACAAGGCUUCCGGAUCCGUAUUGAGAAAAGCUCUACAGACUUUGGAAGGAAUCAAAUGGGUUGAAAAGCACCCAGCCGGUGGCCGAGUAUUGACCAAGCAAGGCCGCCAAGACUUGGACCGUAUUGCCUCUCACAUCGUCAACGGAGAUAAGCAGUAA